UAUAGCACUACAUCCUGCAGUGUCAAAUAAGAUCUAAUCAAAUCAAAUGCAAUUAACGCGAUAGUAUUAAAUUUUAAGUGCCAAUAAUAAAAUAAAAUUUCUCUUCGAUGGCAAGCCGAGUUCUGUUACAUUUGGGUGAUGCAACUAGCAGAUGUAUUUUUUCAAACGUACAGUUGCCAAGGGUGCAACUCCAAUCUCAAGGUGUGCUGAGGCAAAGCAGAAAUUUUAAAAGAGACAGAAAUAUCGAGAGUACGAUAAAACAGCCUUUGGAAGUUCAGGUUCAAGUUGGAGCCACAGGGGCUGGGCAAAAAUUAUGGAAGGCCACUGUUUUUGCCACAGCUUUCACUGGAGCAUCUUUCUUGGGAGCAACAGUAUGGGAAUAUGAAAGAAUACGAUCGCAGACAUUUAAAGGAUUGAAUAGAGUACCUUUUCAAAGACACUUUAGAACCGCUACAGGAUGGAGGCAAGAGGCGAAAGCGUGGUGGAAUGGAUUGUCAGAAGGUCAGAGAACGUUUUAUUUCAUUUGCUAUGCCAAUGUUGCUGUGUUUUUGGCGUGGAAAAUACCACAAUUGAGAUCAACAAUGAUGAAAUAUUUCACCUGUAGUCCUGCCACUGGUAUAACGUGUCUGCCUAUGAUACUGUCCACGUUUUCGCAUUACAAUCUGUGGCAUUUAGCAGCAAAUAUGUAUGUGCUACAUAGUUUUAGUACGCCUGCAGUUUCAUAUUUAGGAAGAGAACAUUUUGUAGCCUUGUAUUUGUCAUCCGGAGUUGCAUCGAGCUUAUUCAGUAUUGCAUACAAAAUUAUGAGAAAUCAAUCCGGGCCCUCUUUAGGAGCUUCUGGAGCCAUUAUGGGAAUACUAGCUUUCAUUUGCACUCAGUACCCUGACACAAGACUGAACAUAAUUUUGUUGCCUCAAUUUACAUUUAGUGCUGGAGCGGCAAUCAAAUCUCUAAUGGCAAUGGACACGGCUGGGUGUGUAUUUGGAUGGAGAUUCUUUGAUCAUGCAGCCCACUUGGGUGGUGCUUUUUUUGGAAUCUUUUGGCAGCAAUGGGGUAUUGAAAAUAUUUGGCGAAAACGAGCACCAGUCUUAACACAGUGGCAUGAGUUCCGACAUGGAACGAAAUCUUCUUAAAGUCCCAUGCACAUUUAGUGGAAUAUUAUCCGUUUUGGAGUACGUAUUUGUAAAAAUUAUGAAUUUUAUUUAUUUUGUAUAUUUAUGCUAUCUGAUUUUGUGCAACUAUAAAAAAAA